AAUAUGCUCCGUCCAUCCCAAAAUUCUCAAUAAACGGCGUCCUUUGUUGAGUCAUAGGCAUAGAUCCCCGUGCCCAAUUGGUAAAACAUCCGUACCCAUCGUUGCAAGAGAAUUGAGCGAAACCCUGGCGCGACAUCUUUGUCAUUGAGUUUCUGGUUCAAUCGCGACGAGAAAGCCACGAGUUCCUCGCUCCACGUGGGGCAAUUCCGGCGCGAAAUGAUGGCGGUGGACUAGGUAGGGUUCGUGUAGGAAUCUGAGCGAUAUAAAAUGUGGGCUUUGUUGAGGAACUCGAGUGAGAGUGAAGGAGUGGCGAUUCUUGGAAUCUCUAGGAUUAACUUGGGCAUUGGAUUACUUUUGUUUUGGGGAAGUUUGGGAAUGAAUUAAGAGUGAGCUUAAGGGUUUAUUUGGUCAAAAUACAGAUCUAUAAUUAGGGAAUGGCAACGCCGGUUGAGCCUCCGAAUGGGAUUAGAACGCCAGGGAAGCACCACUACUCCAUGUGGCAGACCUUGUUCGAGAUCGACACCAAGUACGUGCCCAUCAAGCCCAUCGGUCGCGGGGCAUAUGGCGUCGUUUGCUCCUCCGUGAACAGAGAGACCAACGAGAAGGUCGCGAUAAAGAAGAUACACAACGCGUUCGAGAACCGCGUCGAUGCGCUGAGAACCUUGCGGGAGCUGAAGCUUCUUCGGCAUCUUCGGCACGAGAAUGUUAUUGCCUUGAAGGAUGUGAUGUUGCCGAUCCAUAGGAGAAGCUUCAAGGACGUGUAUUUGGUUUACGAGCUCAUGGAUACGGAUCUGCAUCAGAUUAUUAAGUCUUCUCAGACACUCUCUAACGACCACUGCCAGUAUUUCCUCUUUCAGUUGCUUCGUGGCCUGAAGUAUCUCCACUCAGCAAACAUCCUUCAUCGUGACUUGAAACCUGGGAAUCUUCUCAUCAACGCAAACUGUGACCUAAAAAUAUGCGAUUUUGGGCUAGCACGUACUAGCAAUGUUAAGGGCCAGUUCAUGACUGAAUACGUUGUAACUCGCUGGUACAGGGCCCCAGAGCUCCUCCUCUGCUGUGACAACUAUGGGACAUCCAUUGAUGUGUGGUCUGUUGGUUGCAUUUUUGCUGAGCUUCUUGGCCGGAAACCGAUCUUUCCUGGUACAGAGUGUCUCAACCAACUUAAACUGAUCAUUAACAUCCUUGGCAGCCAGAGAGAUGAGGAUCUUGAAUUUAUAGACAAUCCAAAAGCAAACAAAUACAUUAAGUCACUUCCAUUCUCCCUUGGGACGCCAUUUUGCCGUCUCUAUCCCAAUGCCCACCCCUUGGCAAUCGAUCUGCUGCAGAAAAUGCUUGUAUUUGAUCCGUCAAAGAGGAUAAGUGUCACAGAAGCACUCCAACAUCCCUACAUGUCCCCACUGUAUGAUCCCAGCUCCAACCCUCCCGCCCAGGUCCCCAUUGAUCUUGACAUGGAUGAAGAUUUAGGGGAAGAUAUGAUAAGGGAGAUGAUGUGGAAGGAAAUACUCCAUCACCAUCCGGAAGCUGCUAUAGCUAGUUUGGAGGUCAGUUCCUAGUCUUUUCUUGCUUGGUAUUGCAGAGUGGCCGGGGAAGGUUGUCUUGCUUUGCAUGAUGAAGCUUUUUUUGGGGUAAAAAACAGUUUUGCUAUGUUUAAUUAAACAAUAAUCUUGAGAAUCAUGCUAAAUUAUGUCCUGUUAAUGCAUGAUAUGACCUUCCUUCUUGAGCUUGUUAAUGAGCUUGAGCUCGGUACGAGGGGUCCUCUCUUUAAGUUGUAUAUAGGCGUGCUGUUGUACCAUUAUGAUCACAAAGCUUGUAUGAAGAAACUUGUACCCUUUGUAAUGUCAAUAUUUUUUUUGUAAUGUCAAUGAAUUGAGUAUUAAGCAAA